UAAUGGUCUCACCAGAAAGUUUCGUCAUUCACCGUCAAUGCACGCCAUUUUGCGAGGGCAGGUGCAAAUAUGCUGGCCAACACCACAAAAUUCUGGUCGCGGUCAUAAACUGUGUCGACGAGAGAGGAUACAACAAGUUUACAAGAACAAUCACAAGGUUUAUGAAGAAAGGUUGGAAGAUUGAUGAUCCAAUUGAGGAUCCCGAUCCGGAAUUUCGAUACCCCCUCGUCCACUGGGCUACAGUCCUUGGCAAUGCAAUGGUCCUCAAGUGGUGUGUGGAACAAGGGUUGGACCUCAACAAGAGGUGGGGACAGCGGAGUGAGACUGCCUUACAUCGCCUUAUGGUAUGCGGGUACUCAGCACUGCGGGAGAACUCUGGUAAUAUACUCAAGACUUUUAAAAAACUUGUCAAGCUUCUGAAGGUUUUAUUACAGUCAAAGGAUGACAAUAAGGACUUGCCUAUACAUGUUGCUGCAAAGGUUCUUGUCGAGCGGCCGCUGACAAGUGAUUCCCGGUUUGAUCGAAUUUACACCGAAAUGCUGAAGAUACUAGUUCGGAUAACUUGUGAACUUGAUAUGGGAUUAUUAAACUAUCGCAAUAUAGAUGGAAACACUGUUAUGCAUAUAGUGGCACAGCAUGAUAAAGGUGCUGAAAUUUUACAACUUCUAAUUGAAAACGGUGCAGAUUGUGAUCUACCCAAUUCAGAAGGACUUAAACCGAUCGACAUUGCCAGAGCUAAAGAUGCUACGGAUAUUAUUGGAGUGCUCUCGAAGGACGACGAGGAUCAAAAUUCCUCCAAGAACGAAGAUGAUUUGGCGUUGGAGGAAAUCGGGGAUAUUGAUAUUAUUUACAUUGAGAGUGAUGAUGAUUUAGAUAAAAGUAAUAAUAACGAUGACAAGGAUGAACAAUAUAUAAGGAAUCUACUUGAGCGAGUGAAAAGUGAACCAGAUGAUGGCAAUGACGUGGACGACACGAACGACGUGGACGACCCAGACUGGAAUGGUACAGACUUGGAUGCCUCGACCUCCAACGAUACUUUGUUUACCAUGGACGAAGAUAGCUAUGAUAUUGAUAUACCAUUUGGAUCCUUAAAUGAAGCGAGAUCAACGCUACGACGAAACGAUUCUCCAUUGGAUGGGAAUUCUGAGAAAACCUCGUCUAACCGCAAAAGGAAAUUUUCUGAUAAAGGAACUGUACAAGAACCCAAAGCAAAGAAACCAAAAGCCCCCAACGUCCAAGGCAAAGAAAGUAAAGCUGUAUCACCGAAGCUGGAAAUUCAGCUAAAUAUGCCGAAGUUCAAGUCGUUAAAAAGAAAGAUAAGACAAGAGGCAACUCGAGUAGAGAAAGCAGCAAAAAGUCUGUUUCCUAUCAACUCAUCUCCAGAUUUAACAACUCAAACACCAAAUGAAGAAAUUCUUCAAACCAAAACCAGAAGUCUUUCCCCUUACCAAGAAGAGCCAACUCUUGUGACAGGAAUACUGACCAAACACGUGCAUUCAGACAGCGAAGUAGUGGGCAAUACGCUAGCAACAGUUGUUGAAAAGUCUAAUCAAGAAAGCAAAUCUGGACUGUCAUCUUCCGCAAUAGCAGGAGCUCUGCCUGGUAUGUGUACAGAUGAGCAGGGAGAGGUCCAAGAUGAAUUUAUGAAUGAUUUAUCACGCGUAAAAGAACCCUUAACAACAAGUAAAGCAGCAAAACAUAUGUUUCCAUCACCAGACUUGACAGCAAAAAUACCUCAUGAUGAAAUUCCACAAUCCAGAACUCUGUCGUCUUCACAAGAAGAGUUUGUUCCGCAAACUCCUGCGGAUUCGCAGCUUUCGUUCAGCUCGUCUGAUGAGAUACAGUGCGCUUGGCAAAGGCUUCGUGGCAAAAUUACCGGACGUGGUUCCUUGAAGGGCAACCUCAGUCAGCUGGGCGAGUUAUUUUACAAUUUAAAACCAGUGGGAACUAGAAUAGAAAGACCAGUUGGUACAUCGACUCCCACUGCUGUAGCCAUUGAGCAGGACAGUUCAUCGACAAGUCCUUCAACUUCGGACUCAUCAAUUCCUGGUCCUCUAUCCAUAGAGCAGCACCUAUCAAGUUCCAGUGUUUUAUCAAUGGAACAGCAUGGAACAUCUCCUAGUCCAGUAUUGAUGGAACAACUCCAGUCUAACCGAUCUAGUCCCAGUCCUCCCACAGACCAGCAUCGGUCAAAGAAACGAAUUGAGGAUGUUAUAACAAAUCUUCGAGAGCGUCAACAGGCAGGGAUAAGAAACACAACAUCUCGCAGGGAGUCUUGUGAAAGCUUGUCAAGUUCUGAAAACAAUUCCAUUGAGGGCCAGGCCAAGAAUAAGCAAUCUGAUAGCAUCACAGAACAGAAAGCCACAACGAAAACAUCACUUCAGAUUCCAGCAGCUAAGAAUGAUCUGACUAGCGCUGAUGGAUCUGACAGUACUCUAGAACAGCAAACGGGUGUUGAAAGCAAAUCUUCAUCGGGUAGCUCUACGCCAGUGACAAGUAAUGAUGAAAUGAAUGGUGAACGAGUAUUGCCUCCACCUGAACAACAUCUUGGAAAAUCCACUGAAGUAUCACAAGUUCCCAACAGUAAUGUUGCUUUUAAGAAAGAGGUUGAUGAUAGCAAGUGUAGCGGGAAACUGGACGGUGUUUUAGCAACCGGACAAACUCAACCAACUACUGGUACUUCAGUAGACUCGCACGCUGGAGACAGUGAAAUGAAGCAAACAGCAGCAAGUGAUCACAUCAAUAACAUUGUGGGAGACAAAUUAAAAAAACGGCCAAGAAUUCCUCGGAAUGCUUUGCCAACCCAAGUGCAAGCUGGUUCGUAUCGUGCAAUGAUCCCUGUAGGUGCUUUCACCUCAACAAACACGUCUGAAAAACCAGCUGAUGGUGCUAGUACGUCUACAGGUACAUCUGGCAAUGGUUCUGGUAAUGGUGGAGAUAUCUACCAACAAUUAUCAUCAUUAACCGGCGAGGUUGAAAAACUUUGUAAAGAAGUUAGCAAUGCUCCCCCCUCUGCACACGCGUCAAUUAGCAGUAAUUCAACUAAUUCAAGCUAUGAUCCCCUUUUCAAUGUCAUUGAUAAAUUUUGCGAAGAGGUGUAUGGUAUCUCACGUGGGCCUGAGAGAAACAGGGAAACACGAGGAGAAACACCAAAGCAAGCAGAAGAUAGUGGGCAAAGUAAUGUCAGUCAACAGCAAGGGGUGGUAGACUCUACACCGAGUCGAAAAUGUGAAAUGGCGUCUACACCUAGUCAAGUACAGGACCAAGCGACCGUACCAACCCGAAUUCAAAGCACAGUGAAAUCACAAGUACAAGCUGAAGUUGACGUAACAGUUAAAAUCAAACAAGAGCCAGGGCUGGAAUACUCGAAUACACAAAAUCACGGACAGAUGAUGGCAAUUACACAUGGUCAAAUUCUUGGAACUCCAACCAGCCAAACUCAAGGUGUACAGGGACAAACGCAAGCUGCCAGUCAGGUGCCGAUACAUACCACACAGGUGGUAUCUACUCAGAUUCAACCAACUGCAAUCCCUGUUCAAAGCCAAGUACCGAGCCUCGUGACUCAACAACCCUUGCAAACUACAAUCACUGUUCAAAGCCAA